CCAGGCCAUCCCCGGCCCCCGCCCGCCGCCCCACCGGCGUCCCCGCGCCCCCCGCCAUGACCGCGGCCGCCGCCUCCAACUGGGGGCUGAUCACGAACGUAGUGAACAGCAUCGUAGGGGUCAGCGUCCUCACCAUGCCCUUCUGCUUCAAACAGUGUGGCAUUGCCCUGGGGGCCCUGCUCCUGGUCUUCUGCUCCUGGAUGACGCACCAGUCCUGCAUGUUCUUGGUGAAGUGCGCCAGCCUGAGCAAGCGGAGAACCUACGCGGGCCUGGCGUUCCACGCCUAUGGGAAAGCCGGGAAGAUGCUGGUGGAGACCAGCAUGAUUGGGCUGAUGCUGGGGACCUGCAUCGCGUUCUACGUUGUGAUUGGCGACUUGGGGUCCAACUUCUUUGCUCGGCUGUUUGGGUUCCAGGUGACCGGCGCCUUCCGCGUGCUCCUGCUCUUCGUGGUGUCCCUGUGCAUUGUGCUCCCGCUCAGCCUCCAGAGGAACAUGAUGGCCUCCAUCCAGUCCUUCAGUGCCAUGGCCCUCAUCUUCUACACUGUGUUCAUGUUCGUGAUCGUGCUGUCCUCUCUCAAGCACGGCCUCUUUGCCGGGCAGUGGCUGCGGCGGGUCAGCUAUGUCCGCUGGGAGGGCCUCUUCCGCUGUGUCCCCAUCUUCGGCAUGUCCUUUGCCUGUCAGUCCCAGGUUCUCCCUACCUAUGACAGCCUGGACGAGCCGUCGGUGAAAACCAUGAGCUCCAUAUUUGCCUCCUCCCUCAACGUGGUCACCGCCUUCUAUGUCAUGGUGGGGUUUUUCGGUUAUGUCAGCUUCACCGAGGCCACUGCAGGCAACGUGCUGAUGCACUUUCCUUCCAACCUGGUGACGGAGAUGAUGCGCGUGGGCUUCAUGAUGUCGGUGGCCGUGGGCUUCCCCAUGAUGAUCCUGCCCUGCAGGCAGGCCUUGAACACACUGCUUUUCGAGCAGCAGCAAAAAGAUGGCACCUUUGCUGCGGGAGGCUACAUGCCUCCCCUUCGGUUUAAAGCUCUUACCCUCUCGGUUGUGUUUGGAACCAUGGUCGGCGGCAUCAUGAUCCCCAACGUGGAGACCAUCCUGGGCCUCACGGGCGCGACGAUGGGAAGUCUCAUCUGCUUCAUCUGCCCGGCUCUGAUCUACAGGAAGAUCCACAGAAACGCCCUUUCCUCCCAGGUGGUGCUCUGGGUCGGCCUGGGCGUCCUGGUGGUCAGCACACUCACCACCCUGUCUGUGAGCGAGGACACUCCUGUGGACUUGGCAAGGGAAGCCCCUGGCAUCCAGCUUGGGGAGGCUGAGGGUGUGAUGAAGGCAGAGGCAGCGGCCCGGCUCUCAGUCCAGGAGCCCAUCGUGGACGUGGCCGAGGAUGGCCGUGAGAAGCCAGAGCUGCCCAAGGAGAAAGAGGAGCUGGAGCAGGCCCAGAUUAAGGGUCCCAUGGACGUGCCUGGAAGGGAAGGCACCAAGGAGAAGCAGGAGGUGGCGCAGCUCGAUCGCCCAGGCCAAGGUAUUGCUCUACCUAUGGGCGAGGCCCACCGCCACGAGCCUCCUAUCCCUCACGAUAAGGUGGUGGUUGAUGAACGCCAGGACCGAGAAGGACUAGAAGCGAACAAAGCUCCGUCCAAACACACAGACGAAAAGGCUCCAGGGAACAUGGGUCCGAUGGUAUUGCCUCUGCCCAAUUCAGAAAGAGAGAAGUGGGAACCAGAGAAGGGGGAGGUCAGGAAGAGACCCAUGAAGGACCAGGCCUUGGAGGAAGCAGGUGGUCUUCCUGUGGAUCCCCAGAAGGUUCCAGAAGCACAUGGUCAGCCAGCUGUCCAGCCUGUGAGGGAGGACCUGGGGCCAGGUGACAAGGAUCUGCACCUGGGGCCCCGGGCAGUGUUCUCUGAGGAGCAGAACGUGGCAGCAGGUGGAGGGGCGAGGGCUGACAGCGCGCCGCUGCUGGGCAAGGCCACCAGGGACGUGGGGAGACCCGCAGAGAACAGCGACCCUGGUGGGAAGGAGCCCCUUCCAGCAGAGAAGCUGGCUCCUGGGGCCGGGCUGCAGCCGGAGCCUCGAGAGCAGAGGGACGGGGAGCACCCAGGCGGCGACAAGACUGGCAGCAAGCUGGAGGCUGAAAUUAAAAAGAUAGUAGCAGAAGCAGGCAGGGCCGAGGUGCUGGACCACGCCGUCCUGCUGCAGGUGAUCCAGGAGCAGCAGGCCCAGCAGAAGCGGCUGCUGGACCAGCAGGAGAAGCUGCUGGCCGUGAUCGAGGAGCAGCACAAGGAGAUCCACCAGCAGCGGCAGGAGGGCGAGGGGGACAGGUCCAGGCAGGUGGACACACAGCCCGAGCCCGGAGCGCCUGCACCCAGAGGUCAGGAGGAGGAGGCCCACGAUGGGCAGGCCAGGGCGACGGGAGUGCCUGGGGGCCACCCUGCUGUGGCCCAAGAGCUAGGCCAGCAUUCCCCAGAGGAGCCUGAGGGGGCUGCGGGCAGAGACCUGGCCGGCCCUCCUGCUGGUGGAUCCGACCCAGAGCCCCGGGAAGCCCAGGUCAAGCCAAGAGAAGGCAGGAAGGGCGCUGUGCCUGAGGUGGCCGGGGCUUCUGUGGAAGAGCGACUCCCCAAGGACCUGGAACAGGUGCCCCUGCCAGACCCUGCCGGGGUGCCCAGGAGCCCAGAGAAGCACCUUGCUGAAGAAUUCCCCAGGCAAAGUCAGGAUAUUUUUGGCGGAGGUUCCCAGGAAAGCAAGAAAUCCAGAAAGGAGGCAGCAGCCACUGGUGCCAGUGCUCGGAAGGAGGCUGACCAGCUGGCAGCAGGGGCAGGGUCCCAGGAGCCUCAUGCGAAGGCCCUCGGCCUGGGCCCUGCAGCCAGCCUGUCUAGCAGGGCGGGAGCAGCAGCCGCCCAGCCCCAGGCCGUGGGACGUCAGCUGGAGCCCCGGGAUGUCUCUGAUGGGGCUCAGGGUGGGCAGCAGGGUCAACAGCUGGACCUGGCCGGUCACCCAGAGGCACUAAAGGAGGCCCACGGUGGGGAACACGCGCCUGCUCCCCCAGGGCAGCCAAGAGCUGGGGAGGACGCCACUGAGCAGGAGCCCAAGCAGAGGCUAGACUCUGUGCUCGGGCCCAGACCAGCUGUCCCUGGGGCUCAGAAGCCGGACAAUGCCAAACCAAACCGAGACCUGAAACUGCAGGCCGACUCCGACCUCCGGAGGAGACGGCGGGACCUUGCCGCCCGUGCUGAGGCAGGGCUGGCCCUGAAGGAUGGGGUGAUCGUCAGCCUGCAUCCCCUCCCCGACGUCCGGCUGAAUGACCUCCGCAGCGCCCUGGACGCCCAGCUCCGCCAGGCUGCGGGGGGCGCUCUGCAGGUGGUCCACAGCCGGCAGAUUAAACAUGUGCCCGGGGCUCGGGAAGAGGCCUGAGCACUCGGCCACUGCAGAGGGCCACCCCAGCCGUGUCCAGGCUGAAUUCACAGCCACGCUUGUGUUGAGUGAAAGUCUUAAGAUUUUGCUGUCCACAGCAUUGUUUUCAGAAUGUUCUUCCUGUCAUCCUGUCACACUCUGAGGUCCCCCAAACCUGUCCAGACAGAGCUCACUGCAGCCCAUGAGGACUGGCCCCUGCUCUGCACUGGCCAGUGCAGCUGUGCCCUGAGGCUCAGAUGCUGAGGAGACGCUGAGCCUGUGACCAGGUCCUUCUGUUUCCGUCAGUGACGGGCCCCAUCCUGCCGCCUGUUGCAAGCUAUGGGGACAGAAGCUGAACUGGAUGAUGUGACCAAGGUACAAAUGCCUUUGACACACGGGCUACCGUGAGAACCACCCCCUUAACCAGACUUCCAGUUACUCAGAAGCUUCAUUGUUGCUCUAGUGUUUUCCAUGAGUCUUGUAGAGAUUCUUAAAUAAACACUUCUUCCUUCAGCCUG